AUGGAAGAUACAUGCUUGGUCUUUGUCUAUUUGAGUUCCUGUACAAUUUCUCCAUCAUCGUCUAAAUUAUCUUCAUGUUCAGUUGCCAGUCAAGGCGCAAGAAUUGUAUCAUCAUCAAGUAGUGGAGCGCCUGCUCAAUAUGUCCUACAGACAACAAAUUCAGGAAACAAUGAGUCUCAAGGUUCUGGUCGUGUGAUUAUCGCCACUGCCCACACUGCUCCAUCGCAAUCGUUAAUAAGUACAACAACAAUAAAAACACAGAAUACAAAUGGUCAAGGACAAGUACCAUAUGUAGUGGAAAAUAGUGGACAGUUUGUACAACAAAGUCAAACUUCAACGGCAUCAAAUGGAGGACCAGUUCAGUUUCAAUUUAAUUCAAGUAAUGGUACACUAUAUACGGGAAGAAAUUCAUUUUUCCAGACGCCACCAAAUCAACAAGUCGAUACUUCUAUAGAUUUUCAUUUGGAUGAACCAUGUUACAUGUAUCAAGAUCAUAACGGUCAUACAGUUGCUACAGCCAGCAGCGAUAUUGAAGAGAAUAGUUCGUAUGAGCCUCAAUAUCUCUCAGAAUCUAUACAACAACAAAUAAAUUCCGUGCAGCAACCUCAACAGCAACAUAAGGACGGACCAGCUUAUUUUACUGUAAAAAGUAGUUCAUCUGACGAUGCUUUCAAUCAUUCAGUUCUACAAUGUGCGCCUGGUUACUUCAUUCCUACGGGAUUAGAUCAAGGCUCACAACCUCUAACACAUACUACAAGAGCAUCACCAGCAACAGUCCAGUGGUUGGUCGAUAAUUUUGAGCCCGCUGAAGGUUGUUCUCUUCGUCGUUCAACACUCUAUUCAUUUUAUUUGCAACAUUGUUCGGAGCAAAAACUUGAGCCUGUAAAUCCAGCAAGUUUUGGAAAAUUAAUUCGAUCUGUGUUUUUGGGUUUGAGGACUCGUCGUUUGGGUACUAGAGGCAAUUCCAAAUAUCAUUAUUAUGGAAUACGUGUGAAGAGCACUUCAACUUUAAAUCAAUUUAGUGACGAACAUGGUGAACUUAUAUUUCGGGGUCAACAUCACUUUCCAACUAUAAAAAAACGUCGGUCAACAUCGCAUGAUACAUCUUUAUCACCGCCUGAAAAUAAACCAACAAUCUGUUCUACUCAAAAUCGAUCGUAUUCAUCGCAUACAUCUUCCAUUUUAUGCGAAUCAGAAAUAAAAGCUGAUCAACAACAACAAUAUACAUCAGAAACAAGUGGAACUAAUAUAUUUGAAUCAAUUCAAAUUAAUUUGUCAACUAUACUAACAACUGGUGUUACUCAUGAUGAUUUGAAAAGAUUUGAGGAUUUAUAUAAAGGCCAUUGCUUAAAACUAUUCGAUGUAAUUACAAAUUUACAGUUUACAUCUGUUGAGCCAAUAUGGCUGAAUUUUUGGCAAUCAUCCCUAGCUAGUAGUCAAAGUGAUGUUCAAAAUUCUAAUCCAUUUUCCAAUAUUCAAUUUCAUAAUCUAUGUUCAAUGGUGCAAGUUCAAGACUUCAUUCGUCUUUGUGAUUAUCAAUUGUAUCAACAAUUAGUCAAGAGACUGAUUACAGAUAUUCUCAGCCCAAUGCCAGGUCCAAUAACUCAGUCGAUUCGUAAUUUUGGUAAAGGUUUAGAUUCCUCAUUGCAAACAGCCAUCGCACAUAUGCCCGAAAGGUUAAAAAUGAUCAAGUUAACGAUCGUGAAUAUCUUCGCUACAACACUACGUCGAUACACGUCGUUAAAUCAUUUAGCUCAAGCUGCGAAAGCCGUUUUAAAUAAUGCAUCACAAGUUCAACAGAUGUUACAAGAUUUAAAUAAAGUCGAUUUUCGUAAUGUGCAAGAGCAAGCAUCAUGGGUUUGUGAAUGUGAUGACGUAGUUGUUCAACGUUUAGAAAUUGAGUUUAAACAGCAGUUGCAAUCUCAGGUAACAUUAGAAGGAUGGGCACAAUGGCUAGACACUGUUGUAACAAAUAUUUUGAAACCCUGUCACAACUCUCCUACAACGACACACGAUUCACAAACAUACAUAAAAAUGGCAAAACAAUUUUUACUCAAUUGUUCAAUGGUAAUUCGUGAUUUGACGUUGAGAAGUGCAGCCUCGUUUGGAUCAUUCCAUUUAAUUCGUUUACUUUACGAUGAAUACAUGUUUUAUUUAAUUGAACAUAAAAUUGCUGAAUAUAUGGAGAAAACGCCCAUUGAAAUCAUGGCCGAAUCUGUUUUGCAAUCAAAAUUAAAUAUUCAUGAUGAUGUCGGUCAAUCAAGUUCUGCUCAAAUUGUCCAGACGAACAGUGCACCCUUUUCUACCACAGCAAACUCAACCACAGGCUCAAAUGGAAUUGAAUCUACUAUAAAUAUCGAACGACGAAAUAUUAUGGCUCAUAAAGUAGCUUUAGUUGUCAAAAAAACGCCACAAAUUGAUGAUAAUAAUUCAACGGGUACAAUGAGCGGAGGACAAAAUCAGGCCAAAAUCGCGACCUCUGUUUUUAAAGGGACACCCUCUGUUCAAGUUCUUUCGUUGAAUGCACUAUCUACUACAGAUGAAUCUAAUACUACCGGUGGAUCAACCAUAAUUUUAAAUUCUUUACUUAAACCAUCGUUUGUUACUACGCCUGUGCUGCAACGUCCUAUCUUAAUCGAAGGUGAAAACAAAGGUCAAGAACUACAGUUGAUUACCAAACGUUUGAAAUCCGAACAUGAACGUCCAGAGACAGUAACAGUUGUUGAAAGGUAA